UGAGGUGGUUGUCACACACGAUGCGUGAGCGGAGUAUUUCAUUGACUUUCACUUUGACGGCUCUCUGGCAGCGUCUCAAAGCAGCGGAGUUGACAGAAGGUAAUCCCCGCCAUGUGAGGCCUCGGCCCCGCUGUGCAGGAGGCGGGGUGUGCAUCCUCGAGACCUGUGGCUGCUAUAAAAAGAGGGGAAGUUGCAAGUCACCCAACUUCAAGCCGACGCACAUUUUUCGGGGGGUCGGCGCGGGGCACGGGGCGCAGGAUGAAUACCAUGAAAGCAGUCAAGAACGCGCUGGUGUGCCUGGUGUUGCUGCCCCGCUUCCUCCUGGCCGCGCUCAUGUUCUGGCUCCUCGACUUUCUGUGCAUCCGGAGGAGGUUUUUCCUCCGGAUGAAGGAGCGGGAGGAGAGCGACGCCAUGGAUCCUCCUCUGUGCAUCUCUGACUCCAACCGCUUUUUCACGCUGGACUCCCUGAAGGCGGUGUGGCACGGUCACAAGCUGGACCUCCUCAAGGCGGCGCAACUCGGACGCGGCGCGCCCAACACGGAGGUGGUGCGGCUGGAGGACGAGCGUCGCGGGCGCAUUCUCGACUUCGCUCGCGAGAGGAGACCGCUCAUCCUCAACUUCGGAAGCUGCACUUGACCCCCGUUCAUGGCGCGCCUCAAGGCGUUCCAAGGGCUGGUGCUGGACCACGCCGACAUCGCAGACUCGGUGCUGGUGUACAUCGAGGAAGCCCACCCAUCGGACGGCUGGGUCAGCACCGACGCGCCCUAUCAGAUCCCCAAGCACCGCUGCCUGGAGGACCGGCUCCACGCGGCGCAACUCAUGCGCUCCGAGGCGCCCGGGUGCCCGGUGGUGGUCGACGGUAUGGAGAACCCCUGCAUCGCCGCCUACGGAGCCUACUUCGAUAGACUCUACAUCCUCCAGGACGGCAAAAUCGUCUACCAGGGAGGCAGAGGACCCGAGGGAUACCGGAUCUCGGAGCUCAGAGACUGGCUGCAGCGGUACCGGGAGCGGCUGCUGCAAAGCGGCGGGUUGGUCAUUCACGUGUAGAAAGACGCAUGUAGAGCUGCUACUAGAAAACAACUCAAAUGCUGCAUAUUUUCGAAUGUUACAACUUGUAAAUCCUAUUAGUAGUUUGUUUGUGUAUGAUCCUAUCUCCACGGCAUUUUUGGAACCUGCAAAAAAAAUAGAAUAAGGUUAGUUUGUGUUAACUUGCGGUAUGGACAAGUGCGCGUCACGGCGCUCCUCAGUAUUGGUGUGAAGUUCGGUUCUGAAACGGCGCACUCCCGGAGAACCGGUACUGAUGUUUGAGAUGCUGAGGAGCAUCGAUUGCUGCUUCCCUGUCCAUAUCACAUUUUUUUUUGUAUGUAGACUUGUGUGCGUGCGCGCGUGUGUCGGGUUUUCUGCGUAUAUUUUUUCAUACAAUAAAACGUCGUCAUCUACCUCUAAACUGUUGCUCAUUUUUCCUCUUCGUUAUAUUCUGCUCGUUCUUAUCCUCGGACUGCUGUUUCCUAUCUUUACUUUGUAACGCGUACUCUUAGAAAACUGUGUUUUGUUUAGUUUUUGUUUGUAAUUAUCAUCUUCAGGUCAGGGUGAUCUUCACGGUAAAAAACAGACAAAAACAGAUUGAUGAAUCCUCAAUUUUCUGCACUAACGGGUCUCCGCAUUCCUUUGAAAAUGUCAUUUAUGACACUCUAAUGCACUUAUUUAACAUUUUUGAGGCACAGACAAUAUGAAGAGUUUUCCUUAUCAUGUAUGUUGCGGUUGAUGAAUUAACUAAAUUGUUUUUUACCUGUGCCCACCCCUCCAAAAAAUAUAUCGACUAUAUGGAAAUACAUUUAUAACCGAUUCAGAAGUCAUUUUUUCUGUCUGUCCUCAUAUUGUUUUGGGAUUUUGGGGAUCUGUUUGAUGAUUUAGGGCUAUAAAUACACUUGACUUCACUUGAGAAGUACUAAAUUUACUGUAUA